UGGAGGCAGCUAGCGCGAGGCUGUGGAGCGCUGAGCCGCGCGUCGUGCCCUGCGCUGCCCAGACUAGCGAACAAUACAGUCAAGAUGGCUAAAGGUGAUCCCAAGAAACCAAAGGGCAAGGUGUCUGCUUAUGCCUUCUUUGUGCAGACGUGCAGAGAGGAACAUAAGAAGAAAAACCCUGAGGUCCCUGUCAAUUUUGCAGAAUUUUCCAAGAAAUGCUCUGAGAGGUGGAAGACAAUGUCUGAGAAAGAGAAGUCUAAAUUUGAUGAAUUGGCAAAGGCAGAUAAAGUGCGCUAUGAUAGGGAAAUGAAGGAUUACGGACCAGCUAAGGGAGGCAAGAAGAAGGACCCGAAUGCCCCCAAGAGGCCACCGUCUGGAUUUUUCCUGUUCUGUUCUGAAUUCCGCCCCAAGAUCAAAUCUACAAACCCUGGCAUCUCUAUUGGCGAUGUGGCAAAGAAGCUGGGCGAGAUGUGGAAUAACUUAAGUGACAGCGAGAAGCAGCCAUACAUCAACAAGGCAGCAAAGCUGAAGGAGAAGUACGAGAAGGAUGUCGCAGACUGUAAGUCUAAAGGGAAGUUUGAUGGCGCCAAGGGUCCUGCUAAAGUUGCCCGGAAAAAGGUGGAAGAGGAAGAUGAAGAGGACGAGGAUGAAGAAGAGGAGGAGGAGGAGGAGGAGGAGGAAUAA